UCUGUUUUUUUCCCUUUCUCGUUCAUCAUAAAACUUUAUUAAAAUAAAUAAAAAAAUAAAACAACCCCAACACAGACAGGUUCUUCUACUAUACUUCCCAGCCAAUUAAACAUUUUAAAGCCUCUUCCUCGUGACCUUCUCUUCUCUGCUUCCCGGCUCUUUCCUUUUAGCCGAGAGAGAACUAGAGUUAGAGCGUCUGUAGUAGGGUGGUCUGCUGUCGGAAAAUGACGUCAGAUGGGGCCACUUCUACAUCAGCUGCAGCGGCGGCAACUACGAGGAGGAAGCCGUCGUGGAGGGAGAGAGAGAAUAAUAGAAGGAGAGAGAGGAGGAGAAGAGCCAUAGCUGCAAAAAUAUUUACUGGGUUAAGGGCUCAAGGGAAUUAUAAUUUGCCUAAAUAUUGCGACAAUAAUGAGGUAUUGAAAGCUCUCUGUGCUGAGGCUGGUUGGGUUGUUGAAGAGGACGGAACUACUUAUCGCAAGGGACACAGGCCACCUCCAAUAGAGAUAGUAGGUUCAUCAAUGAGAGUAACCCCAUACUCAUCCCAAAAUCCGAGUCCGCUAUCUUCAUCGUUUCCCAGCCCGAUUCCUUCCUAUCAAGUCAGUCCCUCCUCCUCGUCAUUUCCUAGCCCCACUCGUGGUGAUAACAAUGUCUCUUCUAAUCUCCUUCCAUUCCUUCAAAGUGCCAUUCCGUUGUCUCUUCCUCCUCUCCGAAUCUCAAACAGUGCACCUGUAACCCCACCUCUCUCGUCCCCAACCUCAAGAAAUCCCAAGCCAAUUCCUAACUGGGAUUUCAUUGCUAAACAAUCCAUGGCCUCCUUCAGUUACCCUUUCAAUGCAGUGUCUGCCCCAGCUAGCCCGACUCACCGUCAGUUUCAUGCUCCAGCCACUAUACCUGAAUGUGACGAGUCUGAUUCAUCCACCGCUGAGUCUGGUCAGUGGAUAAGCUUUCAAAAGUUUGCUCCUUCUGUGGUUGCAGCAAUGCCCACCUCUCCUACCUAUAAUCUUGUGAAACCUGUGGCUCAGCAAAUUUUGUCCAACAAUCUGGUCAAAGAUAAUGGAAUGUCAAUGGAUUUUGAGUUUGGUAGCGAACAGGUGAAACCAUGGGAAGGAGAGAGGAUUCGUGAAGUAGGAUUAGAUGAUCUAGAGCUCACACUUGGAGGUGGCAAGGCUCGGAGUUAGAGUGAACUGGUGCCAUGUAUCAGUAAAAGUGAUGGCAAUGAAAUGCAGGAAUGAAAGUGAAGAUAUCCUUUUUUCCAGUUUGUGGUUCACAAGCUUGGUCUGGAAGAGCAUUUCCUAUGCAUGGCUUAGUUACUUUGGCAAGAAGUGCAUUUCCUUAACCAAUCUUGGUUCAUGAAAGGAAGUAACUUUUCAUGUUUAGUUCUAUCGUUAUUUAGUUUUUUUUCUUUUACUUAUUUGAUGAUUAAAUUUGCCAGUUGAAUUGUUUGGAAUGUUUCACAAGUAUUACAUGUAGAUAUCGUGGGAUAUUUCUGGGUGUGAUCGAGAAGUUUUUUCUAUUUGUUAUGAACUUUGAAAGAACCUGCUGACAACAUAAACCAUUUGUUGAUGUUUUACUUCAUUAAGUUAAUGGAUGUAUCUUGUUACAAACACAACUUUGUAUUUCA